UUAGGCGGCGCAACUCCUCGCUCACUCUCGCUCUGUCUGUAGGACACUAAGCGCAGGAAGGAGGCAGGGCUGCCUGGCGCUCUUCCUUUGCCGGUUUGACCAUCGCUAUUUGCUGAAUCACACAAACUCUUCCGCAUCGUCAAAACUUUGAAGACAGAUCGCAGUGCAUUUCAGCCCGUGGAUACACAACGCCGUCAGACAGAGAAGGUGUCUUCUUCCGCGCAACUCUUCAUGGCGAAAAGACCUCUCUUUUUCACUUCUGCCUCCUGUCACCUACGAGACACACGCCUUUAAAAGUUUGCUUUGCAUGUGAAUGUAGAAGACUCCUCUGUGAAAUGAAGCUCAGCAGACAGUUCACAGUUCUUGGCAGUGCCAUAUUCUGUGUUGUGAUAUUUUCCUUGUACCUCAUGUUGGAUCACAUAGAUCAGAGCAAAAACCCGAAUGGAGAGAGAAGUCAAAACGGCCAGCUUGGUGUUCUGCAGGACAAAAUAGACCACUUAGAAAGACUACUUGCAGAGAACAAUGAGAUCAUUGCCAACAUCAGGGACUCUGUAAUUAACCUGAGGGAAACUGUGAAAGAUGGGAAAAUGUUUCCUGAUGUGAACAUGAAUCAGGGGAACGUGGAAUUGCUGGCCCCUGCUCCUGCACUGCUCCCCAUCCUCUCAGAGGACUGCCAGUUUGCAGCACGCACGUACUCCAAGGCAGCAGAUGGAGUACAGAUGCUGGAUGUUUAUGAUUUACUCCGCUUUGAUAACCCUGAUGGUGGAGUAUGGAAGCAAGGCUUUGAUAUCUCGUAUCAGGACAAUGAAUGGGACAAUGAGCCACUCCAAGUCUUUGUUGUGCCCCAUUCACAUAAUGACCCCGGCUGGCUGAAGACAUUCGAUGACUACUACCGAGACCAGACGCAACACAUUCUCAACAACAUGGUGGUGAAGUUACACGAAGACAGUCGGCGAAAAAUGAUCUGGUCUGAGAUCUCGUAUUUUGCAAAAUGGUGGGACGGCAUCGAUGAGCAGAAACAAGAUGCUGUCAGGAGGCUGAUAGAGAGCGGUCAGCUCGAGGUGGCGACAGGAGGCUGGGUGAUGCCUGACGAAGCCAACUCUCACUAUUUUGCAUUGAUAGAUCAGUUAGUUGAAGGUCACCAGUGGUUGGAGAGAAAUUUGGGAGUGAAACCCAAGACUGGCUGGGCUGUGGAUCCGUUCGGUCACACUCCUACCCAUGCUUACCUGCUCAGACAAGCCGGUCUAUCUAACAUGCUGAUCCAAAGAGUGCACUACUCAGUGAAGAAACACUUUGCCUCUCAGAAGACCCUGGAGUUCUUCUGGAGACAGAACUGGGAUCAGGACUCGAGUUCAGACAUUUUGUGUCACAUGAUGCCAUUCUACAGCUACGAUGUUCCCCAUACAUGUGGUCCUGACCCAAAAAUCUGCUGCCAGUUUGACUUUAAAAGGCUGCCGGGAGGACGAAUCAGCUGUCCGUGGAGAAUUCCUCCUCAGCCUAUCACAGAUAAUAACAUACAGGAGAGGGUUCAGACGCUGCUGGACCAGUACAGGAAGAAAUCCAAACUUUUUCGGACCAAUGUGCUGCUGGCUCCACUUGGAGAUGAUUUCCGUUACACUGAAGCUGUCGAAUGGGACCAACAGUUUGAAAACUACCAGAAACUCUUCGACUACAUGAAUUCCCACCCUGAGCUUCAUGUCCAGGCCCAAUUUGGAACGAUUUCAGAUUAUUUCGAGGCCUUGCGUAAAAGCACUGGCAUGGAUCCGGUUGGCAUGAAUGUUGGCCAGUUGGCUUUGCCUGUGGUAAGUGGAGACUUUUUCACUUACGCGGAUCGAGACGACCACUACUGGAGCGGAUACUUCACCUCACGGCCGUUCUAUAAGCGCCUGGACAGAGUGCUGGAAUCACAUCUCCGGGCAGCUGAGGUCCUCUACUCUCUGACCUUGGCCAAUAUUCAGAAGCACGGCCAGCCCAGUGAUUACCCUGCAGUGGAUAAUUACAAGUUGCUGACAGAAGCCAGACGCAAUCUAGGUCUCUUCCAGCAUCAUGAUGCCAUCACCGGCACGGGCAAAGACUGGGUGGUUGUGGACUAUGGAACAAGGUUGUAUCACUCUAUUCUGAAUGUGAAGCGAGUGAUUGUGAGCUCAGCUCACUGGUUGGUGCUCAAGGACAAACCAGCAUACUACCAUGAUCCUUCAAAUCCCUUUCUUCAAAUGGAUGAUGUUCAGCCAACCCAAGAUGCCUUACCUCGCAAAACUAUUCUUGAAAUUGGUGAAAAACCAAGGUUGUUGGUGGUUUACAACCCCACAGAGCAAGCUAGGACAUCCAUGGUUACAGUAUACGUGACUUCUACUAAAGUGCGCGUGCUUAAUGCUCUUGGUCACGUGGUCCGUGCGCAAGUCAGUGCAGUGUGGAAUGAACCCAGUCAUGCUGCUACCGACGUCUUCCAGUUGUCGUUUGUGGCUCAAGCUGCUGCUCUGGGUCUGGGCGUGUAUCAGCUGAUGGAAGGAAUGGAGCCAAGGACAGAAGCUGCCAAGUACAUGUUCCUCCAGGAUGGCAAGCAGAUUUCAGGCAGUAAACUGGAGCAUUUCCCAAAGUUCUAUCAACAAGAUGCGGCUCCUGUGCACAUUGAAAACCCUCACCUGAAACUCUCCAUCUCUACAGCUACAGGUCUUUUAGAGAAAAUGAGGGUGAAGGAGGAUGACUCGGAGUAUCUGGUGAAGGUGGAGUUUGUUUGGUAUGGCACCACCAGCAAUAAAGACAAGAGCGGCGCCUACCUGUUCCUGCCUGACAAAGAAGCAACAAUUUACUCUCCCUCUCAGCCGCCGGUGGUACGAGUCACUAAAGGACCGCUGUUUUCUGAAGUCACCACUACCUUCACGCACAUCACACACACUCUUCGGCUUUACAACAUCCACGGUGUUGAGGGUCAGUCUGUUGAGAUCUGUAACACUGUAGAUAUAAGAGGCGAAAUCAACCGUGAAAUUGCAAUGAGGAUAACUUCAGAUCUGAACAGCAAGGAUCGAUUCUUUACUGACCUCAAUGGCUACCAGGUGCAGCCGAGGAAAACCAUGGCUAAGCUCCCCCUGCAGGCAAACUUCUACCCCAUGACCAGCAUGGUUUACCUGCAGGACUCCAGCGCCAGACUCUCUCUGCUCACCGCACAGUCACUCGGAGCAGCCAGCCUCAAGAGCGGUCAGCUGGAGGUGAUUAUGGACCGCAGGCUCAAUCAGGAUGAUAAUCGAGGCUUAGGUCAGGGAGUGCUGGACAAUAAGAUCACUGCCAACUCCUUCCGCCUACUGCUGGAGAAGAGGAGCUCUGCGGUGGAGGCCCAGAGUGAGGAGACCGCACCAUACAGCUAUCCGUCUAUAUUGAGUCACAUGUCGUACAUGUACCUGAACCAUCCCCUCAUCUCAAUAGCAGUCAGUCAGCGCUCGGAUGCCCCAUCCUUGAUUCCCUACAGCCCUCUGAGCGCCUCCUUCCCCUGCGACAUGCAUCUGGUCAACCUGCGUGCAAUCCAGUCUAAGGAGGAAGGGGGAGGUCCAUCCGAGCAAGCUGCUUUGAUACUCCACAGAAAAGGCUUUGACUGUGGCUUCUCCAAUCGGAACACUGGUCUACUGUGUACCACCACACGUGGCAAGAUCCACUUAGAGAAGCUCCUGACAGAUCUGAAGGUGAAAAGCAUCACUCCUGUAUCGCUGUCUCUGAUGCACACAUACAGUAGUGAUGCUGACCCGCAGGAGAUCAGCCUUAACCCCAUGGAAAUCAGGACUUACCGCCUGCAGUUGAGCUGAAUUGAGUUGCAGUUACUUCUGCUCACGUCCUCCGUGUUUUACACUCGAGAGCCAUGAUGUUGUUGUCCACAGCCAAGGACUCAGUAAGCGAUUGCCAACAGAAAGCUUGAGCUUCACAGCAAGGCACAAUAUGAACUCUUCAAGAAUUCCCAACCAGUUCUCUCAGGUUAUUUAACAUAACGUGACGAUUCUUCUGUUUGAUUCACUGCUGAGAGUUGACAUUUUGCACUGGGAACAUACAAGUUGUACACUUCGAAAGUGGGGAAGGUGCAAGAAACGCUCUUCUCACUGUUACAUGAUGAAGGGAAAAGCUCCUGUUUGAUCAGAGUGCUUGUGCCCUGUUCAUUUUAUCCUCACAAUUCCAAGAUGAAAGUUAAUUUAUAGAUUGUAAAACUUACCUGAAAGUUAUUUUGUUGCAAAACCCAAAGUUUAUACUCACAAAUGUGCCUUAGUCUGUUUAGGUGUAAUGGAUGUGAUAAGCAAUUUUAGACCGUUUUUAUUUCGUGAUCUUCAAACAACCACAAAAAUUCCUUUAUGAAAAGUUAUUUUUGAAUGCAGAUGAUCUAAAUUGGCAGCGUUUUCUGUUUUCUUUAAGUGUCCCUUGCAAACGACUGCAAGUUAUAUUUAUCACAUUCAUUGAAAUAGGUAAUUUAAUGCAACUUGAAAUGUAGACGAUGAAGCCUCAAAUUUUGUCUUUAUCUUUCUUCUGUGAUGUUUAUUUUUUAUUUUUUUAGAUACUAUAUAUUUGUCAUCUUUUUUUUUCUGAAGGAUUGUAAAUAGCUUCCGUAGCAACUUAAAUUCACCAAAGGUGGGUGUCUUGCAACAAUGUGCUAAAGAAUGUGUAUGGAAGAUUUGAGAAGAGAUGAUAAUUAUCAAAGAAAUUGUUUUAUUUAAUAUAUUAGGAUAUAUAAAUAUAAACAUGCAUAUAUUUUUAUCAAUAUAAAUUUAGUUGAAAGGGGUGAUGAAUCAUACAAUGGUGUCAUGGUUACUAUGGAUUAUAAACCUUACGUGAUUGUGUUGAAGUUUAUAAAUUAAAAUGAUCUUAGAAGCUAGAUAUAAUACUCAAUCAUACUAUGCAAAUGUAGAUUUUUGUGCAACAAUGAUCUAUUUUUUUAAACCGGCAGGUAACACGGGCCCUGUAGGGUUUAUCGUAAAUCAAACACUUCCUGUAGUCAGAAACUGUGUGGCAGUAAUUCUCCCAGUUUUACCUGGAAAAGUUCUUGAGGCUUUUUCUGGUAUGUUGAAGAUUUGCAGCUCAUCAUGACGCGAUAUGAAUGUUUUCCUCAAAUUCAUUUUCCUUCUUUCUGUGAUGUUUAUUCUCGAAGGGAAACCAUUUCCUGUGUCGUUUGAGGUGUUUUCUGUUUGAAUCUGCUUUCAGGCUGUCGAGAGACUUGGUUGCUUGUCUUGAGCGUGAUGAAGGAUGAUCAUUUGUUGACUUGCUACUGUGAUUUUUUUUCAUGUUAAUUGGGUUGAUUCUGCAUGUUUUUCUUUCUCUUUUAUGAAAAUAUUCACUGGUGUCUUGUUCUGUUGGUCAGUCAGAAGUGCUUUGAUCACUGUAUUCUAGCUGCUUAAUUCACACUUUUAUGACCAAAUUGGUCUGUGACUGUAAAUAAUCAGGAUAAUGAGAGCAGGACGAUGCUUUCCAACCCUGCGAGAACAUUCCUCUUUUUAAUCUUGAAAAGUGUGGUGACUAUCUGAAGAGUAUGCAUCUUUUUACCAAUGUUGCCAAUUACAAUUUUAGCCAACUAAUAUCUGUGUGUCAUUUGAUAGGAAUGUUACAAAAAAAAAAAAAAAGUAAAAAAUGUGGCUUUUUCUUUUGUUUGCCUUUUAAGAACUAUUUCGUAUUGCUUUAUAGACUCAUCAUAUCUCAUUGUUACAUGGCCACGCAUCAGGUUUUAUGUUCUUUUUGACAUUUUCAACACGUUUCUUCAUUGUCUUCUCGUCCUCUUCCUUUCUUUUUUUCCAGCUUUAUCCAUCUGCACACAUGGUACAGCAGCAAAGUUCCUUGAUUAUUACGCCGGUAUAGUUCCUAGCCAUAUCAGCCUAGAAAAUCACAACUUUUCAUUUUCCGUCGGUCUUAGUACACAGUGUAACUACAGAAGGGUCCAGUUUUAAAUAGGCAAAAUAUUGAAACUCUUUGGUCAUUUUUGAGCGAGAUGCUAAUGGUCUAAUCAGAUUCAAUGAUCUAUGCUAAGCUAAGCUAAAAGUACUACCACCAGACCCAGAGAUUGGCUGAAUGGAUUUGAAAAUGGUAAAACUCAACUGUUUAACUCUAGGGGAAUUGGAAAAUGAGCCUUUUUUUGUGUGUUUCUUUAAUGUUUUAUGUGUGAUAUAUGUAUUUUUUGCAUUCCCUGAUGAAUAAAAAGUCUAUAAGAA